GCGAAUCAGGAUGUACGGUACGGGUACGGUAUGGGCAUUAGGAGGAACAAGCUCUUGUGUGAUGGUGAUUAGAAAAAAAAAAUAACUAGGAUAGGACUGCACAUAAAUAAACAAAUUUGAGAAAUAAACGGUAUUUACACAACAUAAGACUUGACAACAAGAAUGAGUAGUGACUACCAGGAGUAUCCUGAUGUUGUUCAGGAGGUUCGAGGUGCUCUUAAUCCAGGUCGUUUGAAGUUUCAAGGUAACAGUAUAGUGUUCAAGAAUACAAAGACAGGGAAAGUAGACCAGUUCCAGGGAACAGAUAUAGACCAGGUGAAAUGGUUGAAGAGGGCCAGAGGUUAUUGUCUCAAAAUAGUCUUACACAGUGGACAUAUUCACAGAUUUGAUGGCUUUAAAGAAGUGGACCAGGAGAAAUUGGGUUCAUUUAUAUCACGUAAUUACAACACCAAGCUUGAGACAGUAGAUCUUUCUGUUAAAGGCUGGAACUGGGGACAAGCUAAAUUUGAAGGUAAUGGACUGAACUUUGUAAUUGACAACAACCUGGCGUUUGAGAUACCCCUGAACAAUGUAUCACACACAACAACAGCAAAGAAUGAGAUCACACUGGAGUUCCACCAGAAUGAUGAUGCAGCGGUCUCGUUGAUGGAACUGAGAUUUCACAUUCCUGGAGAUCCAGCCAAUCAAGAAAAAGACACAGUUAAUGAAUUUUAUAACCAAGUGAUGGAGAAUGCUGACAUUAUACAAGCUACAGGUGAUGCUGUCUGUGUGUUCCCAGAGGUGCAAUGUCUCACACCCAGAGGUCGCUAUGAUAUCAAGAUGUACACAACAUUUUUACAGCUGCACGGUAAAACGUUUGAUUACAAAGUUCCAUACACAUCAGUCCUCCGGUUGUUCCUCCUUCCACAUAAAGAUGGUAGACAGAUAUUCUUUGUGGUGAGUUUAGAUCCACCAAUCAAGCAGGGACAAACGAGAUACCAUUUUCUGAUAUUACUGUUCUAUAAAGAUGAUGAGAUGACACUAGAAUGUGGACUGGGAGAUGAAUUAGAAGAAAAGUAUGAAGGCAAACUACAAAAAGAAAUGAAUGGACCAGAGUAUGAGAUUGUUAGUAAAGUGUUCAAGGCAGUAACCACAAGGAAAAUCACAGUACCAGGCAGCUUCCUGGGACAUUCGGGUACACCAGCAAUUGGCUGUUCCUAUAAAGCCGCCACAGGUCUUCUCUACCCACUUGAGAGAGGUUUCAUAUUCGUGCACAAACCUCCCGUGCAUAUCAGAUUUGACGAGCUUGCUGCUGUAAACUUUGCUAGAAGUGCUGGCAGCACGAGAUCCUUCGAUUUUGAUGUUGAGACAAAGGCUGGAAAUGUGUAUACUUUCUCUAAUAUUGAAAAAGAUGAGUAUGGAAAACUGUUUGAAUUUGCAAAGAACAAGAAUCUAAGAAUGAAGAAUAUUGGCAAUAAGAAGAACGGUGUCAAUGACUAUGACGCUAUGAUGGACAGUGAUGAUGAGGAUGGAGGACAUGAUGCCUACCUGGAGAGAAUGAAAGCUGAAGGGAAGGACAGAGAUAGUGAUGCUCUCGAUGAUGACAGUGAUUCUUCUGAUGAAGAUUUCCGACCGGAAGACUCUGCUAGUGAUGUUGCUGAAGAGUAUGAUAGUAACCCUCCAACAACAUCAGAAUCUGAUGAGGAUGCAAGUGACUCUGGUGGUGAACAAGAUGAGGAGAAGAGAGAGGAAAAGAGAAAGGAAAAAGAAAGAAGAAAGCAGGAAAAGAGGGAACAAAGAGAAAAAACUAAAUCAAAGUCUGCAAAAACUGUGAGAGAAGGUGGAUCAAAGAAGAAGAAGAAGAAGGAAGAUCGUGACCCUAACAAACCAAAACGCCCACAGACUGCAUACUUCCUCUGGUUCAUGUCGGAGAGGGAGAACAUCAAGUCAGAGAAUCCAGGUUUCUCUGUUGUUGAUAUCUCCAAGAAAGCUGGCGAGUUAUGGAAAGGUUUGUCACCGGAAGACAAAAAGCCCUUUGAUCUGAAAGCUAGAGAGGCAAAGGAGGAAUAUGACGAGGCUAUGAAAGAGUACAAUAAAAAACUGAGGGAAGAAGGACCUCCCAAAACUAGUCCAAAAGAAAAGAAGGCUAAGAAGUCAAAGUCCAGUCCGAAGAAACCAGCGGCUGAAUCGAAGGCAGGAUCUGGCGGCUCAUAUAAAAGUAAAGAAUUUAUAUCGGAAAGUGAAUCAUCAUCCUCGUCCUCUGGGGAUGAAGAUGAUAGACCUCUUAAGAAACUGAAAGCUGGGAAGAAAGAGAAAAAGGAGAAAAUGGAGGUAGAUGAGUCAGGGUCGGAGUCGGAGGACGAGAAACCGACGGGUGUGAAACGAAGAUCUCAGAGAAAAGAAGGGGAGGAGUCAGAUGUUGGUUCUUUACCAGAUGAAGAGGAGAUUCUCAGUUCUCCAGAACACUCAGAUCCUGGAGAAGCGGCAUCCGGUUCCGAUUCAGACUGAACAGUGGGUAAUACAGACAAUGGAGAGAUAUGUAAACAAAGGGAGAUCAUUAUGAUACUUAUUUGGAAUAUAGUUACCAUCAUUAACCUCCCUUCAGUUGUGAUGCUGAACUAUUGAUUAAAAAUGAAAAAUCUUGAUGAUGGAACCUUUUUACAGACAUAAUGACAGAGGGUCACUUUAUUUCAGCCUCUUUUUUGUUUGUCAUGUAUGAUUAGUAGUAAAUAUGUCAUUGUAAAAUCAUGCUCAUGACAUUAAGAAAAAUGUUGUAAAUUUUGUGCUAUAUAGACACUACCACCUAUCUGUAUGAUACAAUGAUUCUGUAUUUUCAUUCUGUAUAUAUAUCAUAUUUAAAUGUUGCUUUUGAGAGGCUAUCAGCCAUUUGUCAUCAUUUUGAAUUUUCAGCCGUUAUGUUUGGUUUUUCAGUCUUGAUGGAAAAAAGUGAUAUGUCCUAAUAUUUGAUGAUGUUAUAUUUCUACUUAUUGAUCUUUAAUUGCAAUAAGUGAUAAGCAGGCGUCUAAAAACAAAGAAUUUUCCGGGUACUGAAAAGUGAAACUCGAGCAGUCAGUUUCUUUGUUAUAUAGUAAAACCUCAGACAGAAACUAAAUCUGCAGAUAAAAUCUCCUGUUGUGUAAAAAUAUCAUUUCCUAGAAAAGUGCUUAGAGUUAAAAUUAAACUUACUGUAACUUUGUAUCAUAUACAUAUUUCAAGGAAAGGGUGUAAAAUUGGUGAAAAGGUAUGUGAAAGAAAGUAGGCACUGGGAAAUUUGGAGAAAAAAAAAAUAAGGAAAAUAUAAAACUUAUGUUCAACCAUGUUUUUGCCACUAGGAUGCACAUAACAGUAUUUUUAGCUCAUCUGAUUUUUUGAAAAAAAAAAUGAUGAGUUAUUGUCAUCACUUGAGCGGUUGUCGGCGUCGGCGUUGGCGUCUGCGUCGGCGUUGCCUGGUUAAGUUUUAUGUUUAGGUCAGCUUUUCUCCUAAACUAUCAAAGCUAUUGCUUUGAAACUUGGAAUACUUGUUCACCAUCAUAAGCUGACCCUGUAUAGCAAGAAACAUAACUCCAUCUUGCUUUUUGCAAGAUUUAUGGCCCCUUUUGUACUUAGAAAAUAUCAGAUUUCUUGGUUAAGUUUUAUGUUUAGGUCAACUUUUCUCCUAAACUAUCAAAGCUAUUGCUUUGAAACUUGGAAUACUUGUUCACCAUCAUAAGCAGACCCUGUACGUCAAGAAUCAUAACUCCAUCUUGCUUUUUGCAAGAUUUAUUGCCCCUUUUGGACUUAGAAAAUCAGUUUUCUUGGUUAAGUUUUAUGUUUAGGUCAGCUUUUAUCCUAAACUUUCAAAGCUAUUGCUUUAAAACUUGCAACACUUGUUUACCAUCAUAAGUUGACCCUGUAUAGCAAGAAACAUAACUCCGUCCUGCUUUUUGCAACUUGGAAUACUUGUUCACCAUCAUAAGCUGACCCUGUAUAGCAAGAAACAUAACUCCAUCUUGCUUUUUGCAAGAUUUAUGGCCCCUUUUUGACUUAGAAAAUAUCAGAUUUCUUGGUUAAGUUUUAUGUUUAGGUCAACUUUUUCUCUUAAACUAUCAAAGCUAUUGCUUUGAAACUUGCAACACUUGUUCACCAUCAUAAGCUGACCCUGUACAGCAAGCAACAUAACUCCAUCCUGCUUUUUGCAAUAAUUAUUGCCCCUUUUGGACUUAGAAAAUCAUUUUCUUGGUUGAGUAUUAUGUUUAAGUCAACUUUUCUCAUAAACUAUUAAAGCUAUUGCUUUAAAACUUGCAACAGUUUUUCACCAUCAUAAGUGGACACUGUACAUCAAGAAACAUAACUCUAUCCUGCUUUUUGCAAGAAUGAUGGCCCUUUUUAGACUUAGAAAAUCAUGGGUAGGACAAUAUUUCUAUUACACAAAAAAAAUCAGAUGAGCGUCAGCACCCGCAAGGCGGUGCUCUUGUUAUGAAUAUAUAUCCUUAACAUCAGUUUCACAUAAAAGUAUCCAAAUUUUCUGGCGUUACUUUAUCCUGGUUCAAUUUUAUUGGUGAUUUAGUAUGUAACAAAAGAAACAAAUAGUACCUGUUUGAUACUUUCCACUGUUUCCCUGUUCCAACAGGGUUGCCUGGCAUAUGUACGUUUAUUUGAAUUACUUUUUCAAACUGAAUUGAGGAGUUUUCACAGCAGUGUGUCUAUCAUGACCAGCUUGCACAUUGCAUUAGUUGUGUUUGAUGCAUUAUUCAGCAGUCAUUGGAGAUAGAUUGAUUAUUUACAAAAUUUGGUCUAAAGUAUUUGUGGUUAUGUCAGUCUAUGAAGUUAAAUACUAAUAAAACACAGAAACUUCUAA